AUGUGCUCUGUCGAAAUCCCCACCUCGUCAAUAUUGGAUGCGCACACACCAGAGCUCAUCAACAAACUUUCUACGGCAAUCGCAACAUUGCACACCUCCACAUUACCGGGAAACGUCCUUCCGUCUCAUCAAGUCCUGUCAGAAGCACGCGAACACCUCAAGCGUGAUCUACCAGAGCAAGGGGCUGGCCUCGAAGACACCAUCCGUCAUCUGACUCACGAACUUGGUCCAGCUCUCAACGCCUCCUCACGCUCACCAGCAUACUAUGGCUUUGUGACAGGUGGCUCGACGCCUGCAGCUUCGUUCGCGGAUAACCUCGUAACUCAUUACGACCAAAAUGUACAAGUUCAUUUGCCAAGCGAAACCCUAGCAACAGAGAUAGAGGACCGCGCCCUCACUCUCCUAUGCUCGCUCCUCGAGUUCACGCCCUCCCAAUGGCCGCACCGUACGUUCACCACCGGUGCCACUGCUUCAAACAUCGUGGGUCUUGCAUGCGGCCGCGAAUACAUCAUUGCAGAAGCUAGCGCACACCGCACCGACGCCGGGGUCAGCGUGGGCGAGCAUGGCAUCAUGCACGCUAUGCGCCUCGCUGGCAUCGACAAUAUCCAGAUCCUGACCACGGUUCCACACUCAUCGCUUAGCAAAGCAGCUUCGAUACUCGGAAUGGGUCGAAGCUGCGUGAAGACGAUUGCUCGAACUGAUGCACCACACAAGUUCGACAUGGAUCUGCUGAAGAAGCAUCUUGCUCAGCCUGGCGCGGCAAGCAUCGUAGCGAUCUCCGCCUCCGAAGUCAACACCGGUCUAUUUGCAACUUCUUCACUGCAAGAGAUGCAAGCUCUACGGCGACUUUGCGACAUGCACGGGGCGUGGAUCCACGUGGACGGUGCGUUUGGGAUUCAAGCGCGUCUCUUGCCAUCCAUAUCUGCCUACCAAUCUAUCAAAGACUGCACAGCAGGGCUCGAACUGGCAGACAGCAUUACAGGCGAUGGUCAUAAGCUUCUCAACGUGCCGUAUGAUUGCGGUUUCUUUUUGUCCCGUCACCGCUCACUCGCCGAACGUGUGUUUUCCAAUCCAAACGCGGCAUACCUUGCGGCUGGAAGUGGUAGAGACGGAGUCAUGAGCCCCUUGAAUGUUGGACUGGAGAACUCGCGGCGCUUCCGUGCUCUUCCUGUAUAUGCCUCGCUCGUCGCUUAUGGGAAAGCUGGGUAUCGUGACAUGCUUGAGCGCCAAAUUGCGUUGUCGCGAAGCAUCGCCCAGUGGAUCAUGGAGAGCGAGGACUAUGAACUUCUACCACACACCGAGGCGGAUACGAACAAGAUCAUAGGUCGAAUUUACAUCAUCGUGCUGUUCAGGGCUGUCGACGAGAACUUGAACGAGCAGCUUAUUGCCAAAAUCAAGGCCAGCAGGAGGAUCUAUGUCAGUGGUACGAGCUGGGCAGGCAGACCAGCGUGUCGCUUCGCGGUCUCCAACUGGAUGGUUGACGUCGAUAGGGAUUUAGGGUUGAUCAAGCAGGUAUUGAUGGAUGUAGCAAGAGCGCGAGACGGUACGACAAGCUUCUUGGCUAGGCCCUAG